CCUCCGCGACAGUACCGGGUGUGGUCGACGCCGAUGUCAGUGGCGUAGCGCCCGGCAUGGCGCGCCGCGCCCCCCGCGCUCGCGCCCCCUAACCAUGAGUGACCUGCAGGCUACCUUCGAGUUCUCCGUGGAGCUCUACAAGUUCUACAAUGUCGACCUCUUCCAGAGAGGGCUCUACCAGAUCCGCGUGGGGCUGCGCGUGUCGCCCAAGGUGCCGGUGCACAUCGAGGCCACGGUGUCGAGCGGCAGCGGCGCGGCGCGCACCGGCCGCCCCGCAGCCAACGCCGCGCUCGUGGGUGGCCUUGCCGCCAGCCGCGCCUUCCAGAUCAUGUACCGCAACGAGGAGGUCACGCUGCGGGACAUCGUGCACUUCCGGGCGCACCUGCUAGUCGACAGCCGCAACCUCAAGGAAUCCCUCGAACGGGCAGAAUGGAGUCUCGGUGUGGAGUUAUGGUGCAGCGAGGGUGCUCAGUCAGCAACCCUCACUCCUGUCUCCUGCCGCGUGCUCAAACUGCACUUCCAGCCGGCCCAGGGUCUGCACUACAACCUGCCGGUGCUGUUCGACUACUUCCAUCUGUCCGCUGUCUCCCUCACCGUCCAUGCGAGCCUGGUAGCUCUGCACCAGCCGUAUAUAAAGAAGAGCAUCAUGCACUACGUGCAGAGCUGUACCCCCCGGUCGAGCAAGCAGUGGGGUAAGCUGGUGAAGAGUGCUGGAGGCUUCAGCUCUGGCAGCUUAGAGAAUAUCCUCUUCGGCUCCGGGAAAUGCGCUGGUGGUAAUUCCAGCAAGAUCGCGCACGCUAGGCAAGUGCACGCGGAAGUAUGCGGGAUACUACUGGGUUCGCUGGAGGGUCUGCAGAGCGCGUUAGCGGUGUGCGGCUCCACGGGCGUGCUGCUUACACCAGAAGAGUCAUCCUCCAACUCCAUCGUGGGGGAAGUCGCUCAGAGGAUCAAGGAUCUAAGUGAAGCGGGCAAGAAGUCCGACGUGUGCGAGGAGGAGGAGUGGGCGAUGGGCGCGGCGCACGACAUCGCGCGGCUGUGCGCGGAGGUGACGCUGCGGUGGCGCGCUUUCCUGCAUCACACCACCGACCGCCCGCACGUGCAUCACGCGCUGGCUGCCCGUCACCAUGCGCUUCGCAUCAAACGUUUCGCCGAGUGCUUCUUCGUGCUGGACAACCCGCGGCACUCGCUUGCCGGCUGCUACGACAGCAACUACCAGUCCUACCAGAGCGUCGGCGAAGUGGCGCGUCGGUCCAGAUAUCUGGCGCUGCUGCCGCCCUUACCUGUUCACUGUAUCGCGCUCGACGGCGACCCGCAUAUCAUGCCCAUUAUAUUCGAGGACAGAUAUCAAGACACUGCCGAAUUUGCAAGACGAAGAUCGUUUUUAAAUUCCGGUGGAAGCAAAGCCGGAAGUGAUCCAUUUUUAUGCUCCGAGCCGCUUGGUGAUGAUUGUGCCUGUAGUGUGAGUUCUAUGGUAGAUUCUAGAAGACCUUCUUCAGAAGCAUCAAGAGUUACUCUAUCAUUGCCUAAAACAAUCAUGGAUGUGCUUGAACCGCAGUAUAAUCCCCCGAAAUCUAAUCAAAACGUGGUGCAAGCAACGCUAACAUUAGCACCCCAAAAAUCUAAUAGAGGGUCUCCAAAAAGGUCAGUAGUGAAACAAAACGUCAUUGAAUUAACAAAGCCUCACAACAAGCAAUUAGAACUGACUGGGAGGAAUAGAUACAUUGUUCAAAAUAAUCAAAUAACAGAAAUUCAAUUGCCCCCAAACAAGGCUUUCCCAUCUUGCUCUAUACAGCAAGGACAGCAGCUAUCAAGAUAUUCAGCCUCGACUCUUUUAGAUAUUAAUACUGCAAAAAGUUCUAUAAACGUAUCACAGCUAGGACAGGAACAGUCAGACCCCAAUGAAGUGUUUACGCAAAAACAUAAAAUUACUAGUGGCGUAAGUACUUUGCCCGCAAGACACAGCAAGUCGCUAGAUCAACUGAGAGUUUCACAGAUGACCCCGCUUAGUGUUCAAGCUUCAAUGAAAAACUCCAGAAAUGGUUCGAAUGCAUCAGUUAACUACCCAAAGCAGUACUUACCUCCUCAGCAACCCAAACCCACAACCUUACCCCGCAGCGUCACGACUACGUCGUAUCCGACGAGUACGACGACUCGUUGUGCUACCAAAGGCGAUGAUUAUAGACGCAAUAUAAACGAGUUCAGGGAAAAAUAUAAGAACCCAUGCAAUCACAAUCAGAACAUGCACGGAAUGAACAAUGAAGUGUUUCAAAACGUAGGCUAUAAGUACGACGGAAGCAUGAAAGGGAAUCUGAAUCAAAUUUAUGGUUACACAUUCGGUAAUCAGGGUAAUAAUAUGCAAGUAAAUAAUAUUAUUCGGAAUCCCUUAGAAUUCCAAAGAGGCUACAGUGUAAAUUUACCCCGUCCUAUGUUGCCUCCACGAAAUUCUUAUCCUCCUGUUAGCGGAAAAACUCAAGUGACUGAUCAAAAUAAUUUAGUAUCUAGUAGACAGGUUCAUAGAUCUAAUUCUACACAUGUGUUCCAAAAUGUCGAUACCCAACAAAUUGAUAUUGAAGCGGCUCGAAAUCAACUGAGACACGAACUAAAUUACUAUCUUCAGAAAGGAGACUGGAGUUAUGAUUUUAAUACUGGUAGUCUGAUACAAAAUUAUCAAAAGAAAUCGAGUAAAAGCAGUGACGAUAGUGGUUUUGUUAUGACGUUGGAUAGGAGCAGUGAUGGUACUUCUAAGUCUAAUUAUUCGAAGACACCACCAUCGACACCUCAUUCGACGUUACCCUCAGUGAGGCACAAGAAAAUUCAUUCCAGGGAAUCUAAAUUAAAUACCCAUGGCAACAAAGAAAAUGCCAAAAUUAAUUCAAGUCGUGAUUCUUUAAGCAGUCAUCAUUCCAUUCGAUCGAGAGAUAGUAAAUCAGAUCGACAAACACCAAAGUCGGAUCGAAGCACACCCAAAUCGGACAAAGGAAUACCCAAAUCCGGUAAAAUUACGCCAAAGUCAGGAAAAAUGACACCUAGAUCAGGUCUCGCUACGCCUAAAUCUGGUAAAAUGACUCCCAGGUCAUCAGGCUUUAAUACUCCAAAAAGUGGUAGAUCUAGUGGAAAGCCGGAAAAACGUUCAAAACACAAACCCUCGGAGAAAAUGACGCAACUCAUGUCUGAAGCUGCAUCGUCGUCUAGUAAUGAAAGCAUCCCUUAUGAAUUAAGAAGGCUUGAAACAUCAGGUACGCUGCCUUACAGCCUCGAUCACGGAUCAGAAUUAAGGCACUGUAGAAGUGCAGCUUCGAUUAUUGAAGAACCCAACCUAAAUAAUACUUUUGGUUCAGAAUCUUUACCAAAUCUAGCACCACCACCUGCUUUCGAAUCGCCACCAUUAGAUAUUGGAGACAAAGACUUUAAAAUUUUGCCCCCAGAGAAUUUCUUGAAUAAAGAAGACAAACGCAGCAUUAGCUCAACAUCUAGUUUAAGUGAGCAAAGUGGCUGGGUUUCUAGUGGGCGUAGCUCAGGACCAUCAUCUCCUGACAACGGUAGCCAGAUAAAUCAAAACUUCCCCUCUACUAGCCAAACGGUGGCAACAAAAGCGCCCAGUAAAGUUAUUGAAAAUGGCAGUGACAUCAAAAAAGAAAAAACGAAAGAUGGAGAAAAGAUAAGUGAGUUCAAAAGAACUAUAUUGAAUGGUGAACAGCUGAGGGAGCGAUUAUUAAAAUUAGCUGUUAAAGCCGCUCAAAACCCCAAUGAAGAGAUAGAGUGUUGCGACAAAGAAGUUUGCGAAGAAUGUACCAUUUGCAGUGACUCCAUCUGCACAGACAGUCAAUGUGAAUAUAAUAAAUUAAUGCACAGUAACGGAAUUGAUGCUGGUUGUGAUUCAGAUACUUGCAACGCAAGUUGUUACCGGCCGUGUUCGGAACCCUCCGGAAAAAUAAAUCAAAGGCAUAACUCAUUUAGUGCAAUACAGGGAAAAACUUACAGCACCGUUAACAAAACAGCCAACGGAACUGUGAAAAAGUCACAAACCAUAAGCGAUAACCUCCAUCCUUAUAUUCGCAAAGAAAUACCACCCAAAGUCCCGGCUCCAGCAAAAACAAAACCAAUUGAUAAAACUAAAUUAAGAGAUAAAAUAGAAUAUACAGAGAAGCUUUUAGCUGCCGAAAUUCGAAGCUUAACUGUCGAUCGUUCGUGCAAAAGUCAUAAGACCGGAGGACCAAAGGCUGCUGCUCAAAAAUAUCAAGGAAAGGCAAAAUCUGAGGUGGACUUGAGCCAUUUUGCUGCAGAUAAUGAAUACGAACACCUACCUCCCCCACAACAGUUCCGUGACGCACCUACACCACCUGAUGAGUUUAAGGAUCCACCUUCGAAGUCACCAGCAUUGAGCCGUAGAAGUAGUAAAUCUUCCACACCAUCAAAAACUCCACGAAAGGCUGAACAACCGACAACACUGCAACUAGAUAAUCCACUUUAUCACGUUUGUGAAGGCAUCUUGGAAAGACGCAAGCUAAGGCCACAACAGUCUAUUAACACAAACACUACACCUUCAGGAACAACUUUAAAUAAAAGCCAAAGCACUGGCGAACUUGCUAGCAGAAAUGAAAACGGAACUAAUAAAGAACAACGUCAAAGCAAUUUCAUCAGUAUAUUCGGGUUAGCAGAGUCAGAAAGACUGUUCGUAAAAUGCAGAGAUGAAUUCAGACAAAGUGUGAAGUAUCCUGGGGCAAUAUAUUCUGACUUCCCUCCAGUAGAGAACUCUCUACCAUAUUUCCAUAUCAGCGAUGAAUAUCGAAUGUUUAAUCCUGAAGGUUUACACCUCAUUAUCUGUGUACAUGGACUGGAUGGCAAUGCAGCUGAUCUUCGUUUGGUGAAAACAUAUCUAGAGCUGGGUCUGCCUGGUGCACGUCUGGACUUUCUCAUGUCGGAGAGGAAUCAAGGCGACACGUUUUCAGAUUUCGAUACGAUGACUGAUAGGCUCGUCCAAGAGAUAAUGACCCACAUACAAAACUCCAAUGAACCUGCGCGAAUCAGCUUCGUUGGUCAUUCUCUGGGCACCAUCAUCAUCAGAUCUGCCCUUGCCAGACCUCAAAUGAAACCUUUCCUCGGCAAACUUCACACCUUCCUGUCUCUCAGUGGACCUCAUCUUGGAACGUUAUAUAACUCCAGUGGACUUGUUAAUGCUGGGAUGUGGUUCAUGCAAAAAUGGAAGAAAUCCGGAUCACUCCUUCAAUUAUCUCUCCGGGACGCUUCGGAUCCUCGGCGGUCCUUCCUCUACCGGCUCAGCGAGAGGAGUCAGCUGCACCAGUUCAAACAUAUCCUGCUGUGCGGCUCCGGCCAAGACAGAUACGUGCCGCUACAUUCUGCCAGACUGGAGCUCUGUAAGGCGGCUGCGAAAGACACUUCGUUGUUGGGACAAGCUUAUAGGGAAAUGGUGCACAACAUGGUAUCACCGCUGGCGGCUCGCGCAUCUUCCGUCUCCGUCGUCCGAUAUGACGUACAGCACGCUCUCCCUCAUACCGCCAGCGCACUCGUCGGCCGCGCUGCCCACAUUGCUGCGCUGGACUCGGACCUGUUUAUAGAGAAGUUCCUGCUUGUAUCUGCGCUGAAAUACUUCCGAUAAAUUCCCGAUGAGCCCGGCUUGGUCAACACUGUUUGAUCCCGAUGUCCUUACCUUAGGUCAAUACAGCUUAUUCCUUGACAAUUUGCGUUCCACUGAUGGAUAUAUGUAAGCUUCAUAAAAAUAACCCCAAUGCGCAGCUGCAGUGGUGGGCAACAAGUGGCCGAACACAAGAAACGUUAUGACUUAUGAUAGACAUUUAAGAUUGCCAUGAAGCAUUACGUCUUGAUGCGUCUUCAAUCAGCUUAGGAAUAUUGAAGUGGGCCGUUCAACGAAGCCGUUUUGAGACUCAAACAAUCGUACGAGAA